UGGAAUACUUCCGGUUUUUAGUAAAGCCCAGCAAGGGAGCCGUUGCUGAAUGUAAAAUGAGGUGCAGGGUUUUUGGAGCCGGAGCGAGUCAUUAGUUAUGACCGUGGUUGCUAAUCCAGCUGAAAAUGACGAAAAUAUUGGAGCGAGCCAAAUGGAACUUAGUGGAUCAAGUGUUCCUGCCCUCCAGAAUGAAACAAUAUCACAAAUAAGCAACUGGACCAUGUCAAGAAAGGUAACAAAAAGAGGUGGGAAAACCUGCAGUGGAUCUGGAAUCCUUAAAUUGCACCCGAGGAUUCACAAUAUUUUUAACGAAUGUGGGAAAGGAUUAAGUCAAAUGCAGAACCUUACAUCACACACAAGAGCUGAUGCUGGAGAAAAACUAUAUGUGUGUGAAAUAUGUGGGGAAGAGUAUUGUCAACUUCAGCACCGUACUAUUCACUUAGAUGUUCAUAACGGAGAGAAAGUGUCUGACAAUUUAAAGCAACAUCAGACCAUUCAUACCGAUGAGAGGAUAUACAGCUGUAAUGAGUGUGGGAACAGCUUCAAGAAUCCAAAAACAUUAAAGGAACAUCAAGGAAUUCACACCGGAGAGAAACCACACAGCUGUAGUGAAUGUGGAAAGAAGUUUAGGGGUUUAGGAAAGUUAAAAAUUCACAAGAGAAUUCACACUGGAGAGAAACCAUACUGUUGCAACGAAUGUGGGAGGGGCUUCGGUGAAUCUGGGCAUCUAAGAAGACAUCAGAAAGCUCACACAGGAGAGAAGCUGUACUGCUGUGAUCAAUGUGGCAAGACCUUUUGUGAGUCGGGGACUUUAAAAAAGCACUACCGAAUCCACACCGGGGAAAAGCCCUACUGCUGCAAUGAAUGCGGGAAGAGCUUUCGGCAGGCAGGAACUCUGCAACAACAUCAGAGGAUUCACAAAGGAGAAAAGCCCUACUGCUGCAAGGAAUGUGGAAAGAGCUUUCGGCAAUCAGGAACACUGCAGCAGCAUCAGAAAAUCCACAGAGGCGAGAAGACUCACUGUUGCAAUGAAUGCGGGAAGAGGUUUAGUGAACUAAGAAAGUUGAAGUAUCACCAGAAACUCCACACAGGAGAGAAACCACACUGCUGUAAUGAAUGUGGAAAACGGUUUAGCAAACUAAGAAGGCUGACAUAUCACCAGAGAAUUCACACGGGAGAGAAACCACACUGUUGUAAUGAAUGCGGGAAGAGAUUCAGUGAAUUGAUAAAGCUGAAAACUCACCAGAGGAUUCACACAGGAGAGAAGCCCCAUUGUUGCGCUGAAUGCGGGAAGAGCUUCUGUGCAUCUGGAAAUUUGAAAAGACACCAGAGGGUUCACAUAGGAGAGAAGCUGUACUGCUGUCAGCAGUGUGGAAAAAGCUUUUGUGACCCGAGAACAUUAAAAAAGCACCACCAAAUCCAUCAAGCUGCAUUGUUGUAAUAAUUGUGGGAUUAGCUUUUUUCAUUUAGAAACACUGCGACAGCACUGGAGAGUCUACGCGGGAGCAAAAUAUACAGUGGUGUGAAAAACU